AUUUCGCCAUUGGAAACGAAUGGCCGCAUUCAGGUCAACUUAGCCGACGAUCUAUUUUCUUGACUUGUUAAUUCACAACCACGAAUUACAAUUAGACACAAUGGACGCAGCUCAAACAACAAUCUCUUCGCCCGUGGGCGCCGCCGCAAAUGUUGCGUCCCCUUCCACCACAGCUGCUAGCAAGCCCAAGCCCUGCUGUGUGUGCAAGGACGAGAAGGCCAAGCGUGAUGAGUGUAUGCUCUUCUCUAACGCAAAAGAUCCUGCCGCCGACUGCAAAUCCCUAAUCGACCAGUACCGAUCAUGCAUGUCGGGAUUUGGAUACCAGGUGUAAAAGAUUCAUAACUUCACACGAUGGAAUGACUUCGGCCAUAGAAUAUGGCCAUGUAUAACAGAUACGAUAAAUGUAGAAUAAAGGGCAAUCCAUGCAUGUUCCCCUCCGGAGAAUAUCGUAAACAUUGAUGGUCAGCAGUGGCGUGAUAUGUCCUCUUAAUUUGUAAGUGAUGCACAUUCCUGAAGACUUGUCCUUGAUGGCC